AUGCCCAGGUUUCAGCAACCAUGUUUCUAUUACUGGCAUUACCGGAGAAGACAAAGAAGCAGCAUUUCUCUCCUGCAGCAGACUUCUUCUACCGAAAAAGAUACAGACCAGGAAGAUGCAACCACCACAGAGCCAAAAGACACUUUUGAUGAUGAUGACGACGAAGAUGAAGAAGAAGAUUACACAGAACGAGAUGCUAUGCUAAUGGAACCUCCCAAACCAACCAAAAAGACAUCAAAACUAGAAGAGCGAACGCGUCGCUUCUUUCAAGAGGUUCCAUUCUCUUCGAAAGCGACUGGAAACAGUACGCUAAUUGCAGAAUCAGAUGAUCAUAACGCAGUGGAAAUCCCAGAACAACAACAUAAAGGGGCAAUAGAUGAGUACUUGAAAGAGGCUCAAUCUCUGGCGACAAUAUGGUCGUACAAACAGUCUCACAAAGGUGCUCUAAUGGUUGAAAGAAUCAUAAGGAGGGUGAUUCAAUCACAGGAUGAAGAGGAUGGUGGAGGUAUCGAAACCCUGGCGCAACAAUCAUCCAUAAAAGUGGCCCACGUAUACACCUGCGCCAUUCGAGGGUGGACAUUCAGUGGGGACAGAGGGAGUGCUGAGCGUGCAGAGGAGAUAUUGGAUACCAUGCAACAAUGUUACAUGGAGGGGGGGAUACAAGGGAUUAAACCAGGCAUUGAAGCUUUCAAUAUGGUGUUACUGGCAUACGCACGGUCAGGAUUGCGCGAUGCGCCACAACAAGCUCUCAGAGUCCUGCAAAAGUUGCAUGAUUGGUACACUACAGGGGCUACUGAUAUUGCACCCAAUAAGAAAUCUUAUGCCGCCGUUCUGAGGGCAUUUGCCAACACGGGAAAGCCCGAUGCUCCCGAACGAGUCAUGACUUUACUGGAGCACAUGGAGAGAUUGGCAGAAGAAGAAGGCUACACGUCUGUGCGACCAGACUUUAUGUGCCAUGGGGCUUACUUUUCUGCUCUCCAUGAUGCUAUGGAAAGGGAUCAUAUCACUGGAGAAGAAGCUGCCACCAUUGGGGAGACGUACUUGUUCAAACUCAUGGCCAGUCCCCAUGAAGAUAUUCAACCUGACACUUGGUGCUUCAACCUGGUGUUGGGCAGUUGGAGCAAAUCGUACACAAAAGAUAUGGUUGAACGAGCGGAUGCCAUCAUGGAGAUAUUUGAAGCGUACCAUGAACAAUCGGGACAAUCUGAAAAGACACGACCUAGCACGCUCUCCUAUAACUUUUUGUUAUCGACUUAUAGUCGAUCAAAGCUGAAAGACAAAGGUGCAAGGAGCCUUGCGGUUCUGCGUCGCAUGCAAGAGCUUGCCAGAAGUGGCGAAAACCCUGGGGCAAAACCGGAUGCUGUCACCUUCAAUACAGUCAUGACUGCUUUUGGAAAGAGCCGACAACCCAAUGCACCAUACUAUGUCGAGGACCUGCUACGUGAAAUGCACGAAGAGUACGUGAAAACAAGGGACCCCAGAAUAAGACCCACUUCCCGAACAUACAACAAUUGUGUAAAUGCAUGGGCACAAAGCACUCUUCCAGGAAGCGCAGCCCGUAUUAUGGAGUGGAUUGUUCACAUGCAAUCGAACGCAGAACGGGAAGGAAGACGAUAUCUGGGCCCGAACAAAUGGACGUUCAAUGCUUUUUUACAAUCAUUGUCCAAAAGUGGAGAGCCUACAAUUGGCGAAGAUGCUGAGGAAGUAUUGAAUCAAAUGAUGGAAUACUAUCGGAAAGGAUGGACUGAACUCAAGCCUGAUGUUCUGACCUUCACCACCGCCAUUCAUUGCAUUGCAGUCAGCGGAAAGCCCGAUGCUUUGGAGCGUUCGUUGGCCAUUGUGAGGCGAAUGGAGGACUUCCAUGAACAGGGCUUUGGCGAUGUUCGCCCGAACUGCUACACUUAUAACUGUGUCAUCAAUGCUGCUGCAAAGUCUCGUCGCCCCGGGAAAGCCCAAAUUGCCCUACAACUCUUGCGAAGGAUGCAAGAGGUAGCAUUGCGACCACCCACAGUUACAUACAACAAUGUUUUGAAUGCGUGCGCUUUUGCACAUCACCGCGACGACGUUCCAGACGACAUACUCGACAUAGCAAAAGAGGUGUUUGAAGAGGCAAAGGUUACAUGUGAACCCAAUUAUAUUACUUACGGUGCUUAUGUCAGAGUCAUAAGCAAGUUUGUAAGGGACGGCACAAAAAAGAAAGACCUUGCAUGUGAUGUUUACCGCCAAUGCUGUGAAGCAGGCCAGUUGACGAACCAUGUUAUGAAACAACUCAGAUACGCCCUGACAGCGCGACAAUACGCCGAAUUGCUCGAAGACGCGGUUGCCGACGAGAAAACAGGUCAAUUUCACGAGCGCUACACGGAAAAUGCAAGGCGUACGAAACUGUCUUUUCAACAAACUUCCCACGGGCAUGGCAGACGUUGA